AAGACAUAAAUACCAUAUAUUAAUAAGUUUAAAAUUGUUUUGGCUCACUUAUUAUGCUUGUUGUUACACCUUAAGCUGACGUUCAUACCAGUAAUAUAAUUUAUCACAAUAUGACAUCGGAAAAAACAAUAGUUUCUAUUUUAAAUAUUUCGAAUAAAAAAAACAAUGUUUUAAAAUAAAGAAAGAAGUGAUGGUUGAUGAGUAUACGCGGUUAAGCAAAGAAGCAUAGUCGGUUUCUGUGUUGAAAGCAAAGUCGGUGUACCAAAUCCAUGUCUGUAUAAACGCGUACCAACACACACUUUACUUCCAAAAUCCAACCUUUUUUUUCUGCUGAAUCUCUCUCUGAUCACUAAGUUCGUUCUCUUCCUCUCAUAUUUACAAACAUGAACAAUAACAAGAACCAAUCACCUGAUGAAAACCCAUUUGCAUCACAAAAUGAUGGAACUGAGAAUUGGGGAACACACAUCAUGGGAGCACCAGCUGUACCGAGCAGUCACCCCGACAACAAAAAAGCAGCCGUACAAACUGGACAACAACCUCAGUUUCAAUAUUACCAACACGACCAUCCUUACGUCCAACAUAGCCCUGUUGAUAAGCCUUCCAACUCUCCCAUGGAAUCUAUUCUCCACAUGUUUGAUUCGUGGAGUAAAAAAGCUGAAGCCACCGCCAACAACAUAUGGCACAAUCUUAUUUUAAAAUUUGCAGUUAAAACAGGCCCUUCAGUAUCAUCAGCUGCUAUGGGGAAGAUGAAUCUGACAGUAAAAGCAAUAUCAGAGGGUGGAUUUGAGUCACUUUACAAACAAAUAUUCACUACCUAUCCAAAUGAGAAGCUGAAGAAGACAUUCGCUUGUUACCUCUCAACAACAACAGGGCCUGUUGCAGGAACUCUUUACUUAUCUGAUAUUCAUGUAGCAUUUUGCAGUGAUCGCCCCUUGUCUUUCACUGCACCCUCUGGUCAACAGACUUGGAGCUAUUACAAGGUAAUGGUGCCUCUGGGGAAGAUUGGAACAGUUAAUCCUGUGAUCAUGAAAGAAAAUCAAUCAGAAAAGUAUAUCCAAAUAGUCACAGUUGAUGGACAUGAUUUUUGGUUCAUGGGUUUUGUUAAUUAUGAUAAAGCUGUAAAGAAUCUAUCAGAAGGCAUCUCACAUUUUGUUGUGGCAGGUGUAGCUGUACCAUCGACUAAGUAAUAGUGCUUGAUGCUGGAAUUUUCUCUGUAUUUCUGUUGGAGUGUUUGUGGUUGUUUUAAUUUCUUGUUUAUGGACUAUCAUGAUGAACACUUUUUAUUAGCAGUAUAAUUUUGUAUGUUGUGCAUUGAAUCAAUAGUUGAUUAUGUAAAUUUUGUAGGGUGUAUGAUAAAUUUCAUUACAACACAGUUAAUAUGUGAUGUCUGCUCUGCAUCAUUUCUUAGUGUUAUUGCAAUUUUCAA